AUGCGUCUCCUCCAAAAUAUGAUGCACGAAGUCAAUCCUUUUGUUGAAUUAUUUAAAACCAUGGAGGAGCUAUCAGUUGGGCAACCUGGAGGAAUUCAGAAUAUACGAAUGGUAUUUCGUUCAGAGGAUUCUCCUAAUCCAAGAAGGUGCAAUAGACCUAGAGUUCCAGAAAUGGGUAUACUAUUGUUUGAUGGCGACGAUGAAAGCAGCAACGAACAGCCAAAAAAUCGUGAUAUCGUUUUAAGAUUGAAAGGCUCUGGUGAUAACCUAACAAGGAUUAAUGAAACCAAUCAAUUCUUUGAUCCUCUUCAAUACGUUUUGAUGUUUCCAUUUGGCGAUCCUGGGUGGCACAUCAAAGUGAAAAGCUUUGAUCCCUCUGAAACCGAAAUCGACAUUGCAUCUGAUAGCAAUAAUGAUGGUGAGGACAAAACCAUCACCAUCAUGCAAUACUACAGCUCAAGAUUAAUGGUACGACAAGGACAACAGCAAGGACUACCAAAAAAUCAGCAAAUUAGCCUGCAUUCAUUUGGAAGAUUAUUUCACCAAUACGUCGUCGAUAUGUAUGCAAAGAUGGAACAACAGCGACUGAACUUUAUUAGAUUCAAUCAAGAUACCUUACGAGCUGCUGUUUAUAGCGGCCUUCAAGAUGCAAUUCAGCUGAACGAGCAUGACAUAAGUGCGAUUGGAAAAAAGGUUAUAUUGCCUUCAACAUUCAUUGGUGGCCCAAGGUUCAUGGCUCAACUUUAUCAAGACGCUAUGAAUUUGGUCAGAAGAUUUGGCAAGCCAGAUUUAUUCAUUACGUUUACCUGCAACCCGGCCUGGCCAGAAAUAACCAGAGAAUUGCUUGAGCACCAAAUCGCAGCUGACAGACCAGAUCUUUGUGCCAGAGUUUUUCAUCUGAAGCUGAAGCUUUUCAUUGAAGAUGCUGUAAAAAAGUCUGUUCUGGGAAAAGUAAUUGCAUAUGUUUACUCCAUUGAAUUUCAGAAACGGGGGCUACCUCAUUGUCAUAUGCUGUUUAUAUUGCAAGACCAGGACAAGCCAAUGACCACUGAACAAAUUGAUAGGAUUGUAUCCGCAGAAAUGCCUGAUCCUGCUUCCAACCCACUUGCCUAUGAAACUGUGUCUAAUAGCAUGAUUCACGGUCCAUGCGGUCUGUUAGAUCCGAAUGCUCCCUGUAUGGUGAACGGCAAAUGUUCCAAAAAUUAUCCGUACCCAUUCAUGGACGAAACGACUAUCAGCCCAGAAGAAUCAAGCAAAAUUAGAUACAGAAGACGGUUGAUGACUGAUCGUACAAUUUCCAGGCACAGUGGAAGAAUCACUAUUGAUAAUCGUUGGGUUGUGCCUCAUAAUCUUUAUUUGGUUGCUAAAUACAACGCACAUAUCAACGUGGAGAUUUACAGCCAAGUCAACUCGGUCAAAUACAUAUACAAAUAUGUAUACAAGGGCCAUGGCAGAGCACAGGUAUAUAUGGGUUCAUCCGCUCAAGAUGAUCACCAGGAUGAGAUCAAAAAGUUUCUUGAUGCAAGAUAUGUCUCGGCAUCUGAAGCCUGUUGGAGAAUCAUGUCUUUCCCUAUGCAUAAGGAAUACCCCUCUACACAGCGCCUGGAUAUCCAUUUGGAGAACGAUAGAAGGGUGUACUUUAACGAGAACAAAAGUUCUGACCAGGCCUUGAGCCGUACACUUCCAGAAACAACCCUGACAGCUUGGUUCAAGUACAAUCUCGAAAAUCCUGAAGACAACGAAGCUAAGCAAACUUUGUAUCCAGACUUCUGUGAAAAGUACGUUUUUCAUAAACAACAGAACCCAAGAGUUUGGAGACCUAGACGUUCAGGUUUUGGUGGAGCCAUUGGCAGAGUCUACGCUGUAUCUCCAAAAGAUAUUGAAAAGUAUCAUUUAAGAAUUCUAUUGUAUCGAAUUCCAGGAGCAACAUCCUUUACCUACAUGCGAACGUACAAUGGCCGCGUCUAUCCGUCUUAUCAGGCUACUGCCAGAGCAAUGGGUCUUCUUCAAGAUGACAAUGAAUGGAAUGAUACCAUGUCAGAAGCAAGCACCACUAUGUCACCUCAAAAAAUACGGCAACUCUUCUGUAUUCUGCUCUCCUUCUGCGAUGUCUCUGAUCCUUUUCAGCUAUGGUUGAAUCACAGACUGCAUCUAGCCGAGGACUAUCUGUAUCGUAGGCAACAAAAGGCAAGAGCUCUGAAUCAACCUGUUCCCACUGAAAUAACAGAUGAGAUGUAUAGCCACUGCCUUCUUGAUUUGAAUCAAAUUUUGGUUGCCAACCAAUUUGAUUUGAAAACUAUGGAUGGUUUCAAGAACGUUUUCUCUACUGUUGAUACCAGGGAUAAUCAUGCUUACCCUGAGGACUCUACCCCGCUGGAAAGGAUGCAUGCCACUCUGCUAAUUGAAGCCUUGGAAGCUCCUGACCCAAACUCUUUGCCAUUCAAUCCAAGCCAAUUGAUAGCUUACAAUGCCAUUCAACGUUGCGCGUUAGCUGACGAAAACUAUGAUGCUGCACAGUCCAAACUGUUUUUUAUUGACGGGCCUGGCGGUACUGGGAAAACUUUCAUCAUCAAUGCUUUGUUAGAUGCCGUUCGCAAACAAAAUCAUAUUGCAAUUGCAGUUGCUUCAACAGGAACGGCGGCUCUGCUGCUGAAAGGAGGUCGAACUGCCCACACUACCUUUAAAAUACCUAUCGACACCUCAUCUACAACAAUGUGUGAUUUUACACCAUCCUCUGAAAUAGCUCAAUUCAUCAAGAGAGCAAGGCUGAUUAUAUGGGACGAGUGUUCCAUGAUUCGAAAAGACUUGAUUGAAACUGUAGACAGAACCUUCAAAGACGUGGUAAAAAACAGCUUACCCUUUGGUAGCCGCUUGAUCGUUUUCGCUGGCGAUUUUUGCCAAGUUCUCCCAAUCGUCCCAGGUGCAAGUAGAUCAGGCAUUGUGUCUCAAUGUAUCAACCGCUGCUACUUUUGGCCACAAGUUAGAAAAUUCAAGCUGGAAACUAACAUGCGAGUGCAGCAAGCACUUGAAGACAACAAUCAGGACUUAGCCAACCAGAUACAACAGUUUUCUAGCUAUUUACUACAAAUUGGUGAACGAAAAGUUAGAACGGUGACAUUAUUUGGGGACAUUCCUUCGGAUUUUGUGCGUAUCCCAGAUGAAAUGUAUUUCAAUUCUACCAACUUGCUGGAUUUGCUAGCUGCUGUGUUUCCAAACAUCAGCAAUAGCUUAACGAUUGACCAAUAUUUUGCAAAACGUGUUAUAUUGACCCCAAAAAACCAAGAUGUCUCAGUCAUAAACAAUCUUCUACUUGACAACUUGCCGGGAAGAAAGUUCACUUAUUACAGCUAUGAUCAAGUCUGUGAUCCUCAAUUUCGAAUGCAGGUGCCUCUCGAGCUUCUCAACUCCAUAGAAUCUGGCUCUCUGCCUCCACAUGCAUUGGCUUUGAGAGUUGGGUCUCCAAUAAUGAUCUUGAGAAACUUAGAUCCUUCAGCUGGAUUAUGCAAUGGAACCAGACUAAUCGUGAAAUCUUUGGGUGUUAGAAUAAUUGAAGCCACCAUUGCCACAGGGCCAAAAGCAGGUGACAUUGUGUAUAUCCUAAGGACCAAGUUUAUUACAGAAGCCAACGGUAGAAUUCCCUUCGACUUCAGUCGCACCCAGUUUCCUGUGAGAUUGGCCUUUGCCAUGACUAUAAACAAAUCACAGGGCCAAACAUUAUCUAACAUUGGACUAUAUCUUCCUUCUCACGUCUUCUCGCAUGGUCAGUUGUACGUCGCAAUGUCAAGGGUCAGUAAUCCAUCGUCGAUAAGAAUCAUGGUUGAUCCUGAUAUUUCUAUACUGGAAAACCUACCUGGCCACUAUACACACAAUAUAGUAUACUCUGAGGUCUUUCAAACUAGUCAGAUAUAA